GUUGCUGCGGUAAACACGAGAGCUCCAUCGCCAAUCAACAAAUGUCCCGACCAACAACUCCAGACAUUCGAGUCUGCAGCCCAAGACAUUCAAAAUCAACUGAGUUUCCUAUCUCUUCAACAACAGUAGCGUCUCACGAGCUUGGAGCUGUCGAUAUACUCUGAUAUUGUCUCUCCCACAGUCCAUUUGCUCGCAAUCGACCUUUGCCUAUAUAGCAUCACACACACCAUCAAUCCGCCUAGUCUGGGUUACUCGACUGCUUUUUUUGCAUCACACACCCUUGACACACAGCAGCGACAACCAAAAAGUCACUACAAUAUGAACGCGAUGGCCGAAGAGAACGCAAAUGCUGCACCGGCCAUCCCGGCGUCCAAGCAGGGCAACAACACACGUCCGGGCCCUGAUUCCCAGAGUGUGACAAAGCGCCUUCAGACAGAGCUUAUGCAGCUCAUGAUGUCGCCGGCUCCUGGCGUGUCCGCCUUCCCCACGUCAGACGACAACAUGCUGAGCUGGACGGCCACCAUCGAGGGACCCGAGGACACGCCCUACACCGGGCUCACCAUGAAGCUCGCCUUCGAGUUCCCCUCCAACUACCCCUACGCGCCCCCGACGGUGCUCUUCAAGACGCCCAUCUACCACCCCAAUGUGGACUUUUCCGGCCGCAUCUGCUUGGAUAUUCUGAAGGACAAGUGGACCGCCGCCUACAACACGCAGACGGUGCUCCUCAGCCUGCAGAGUCUCCUGGGCGAGCCCAACAACUCUUCGCCCCUCAAUGGCGAGGCUGCUGAGCUAUGGGACAAUGACCCUGCCGAGUUCCAGCGCAAGGUGACGGCUCGUCACAAGGACAUUGACGACGAGUAGACGUCUUUUUGGAGUUCAUUUGGAGAAUUGGAGUCUUGGGUUCGUUCACUUCCUUCCUAGUCUGGUAUGAGCAGGAUGCAUGGUACAGCCCUAGUCUAGAGGCUUGGAGUCAGGAUUCAUAGCCACUGCGGAUCAGUAACAAACAUGUACAAAGCAUUGUUUCAGCGAACAUUUCAGCGUCUCGGCAAGCCGCCUCCAGGGUCAGAGGGAUGUUUGUGGAAUCGACCGCAACGUCAUUCCGCACGUGGGACAACCACUGCCGGCGCAGAUGCACUCAAUCUGGACAGGAGCAUUGGUAGUAGGAUUUGUUCAAUUCCCUCAGUAAGUUUUUGUUUCGUAGCCGUCCAAAGCUCUCGAAUGCCGAAUCGUCGCAACUCCGAAAUGCCGUUGUCACACACCCAGAAGCCAGGAAAAGAGUCAAUAGAAAUCCCAACCCCCCAACGCA